AUGUUGUACAGCAAGCUCCUGACCCUCACCACCCUCCUCCUCCCCACCGCCCUCGCCCUCCCCUCUCUCACCGAGCGCGCCUGCGACUACACCUGUGGUAGCAACUGCUACUCCUCCUCCGCCGUUUCCACCGCCCAGUCUGCCGGUUACGAGCUGCACCAGUCCGGCGAAACCGUCGGCAGCAACAACUACCCUCACAAGUACAACAACUACGAGGGCUUCGACUUCCCUGUGUCGUCCCCGUACUAUGAGUGGCCUAUUCUGAGCUCCGGAGCGACCUACAGCGGCGGUUCUCCUGGCGCGGACCGCGUGGUGUUCAACGAUGACAACCAGCUGGCUGGUCUGAUUACCCACACUGGAGCUAGUGGCAACAACUUUGUUGCCUGUACUUAA